UUGAACACAACAAGCGGUGGGGAUGCUUUCGCCGUCAGAUAUCCGGGUAGUACUGGAAUUCUACUGGCCGAUUCCUUACCGGCAGGUUGUUGAAACGUGCACGGAGCGCUCUGGUCGUCCGGAAACCACGACGUUCGAUGUUUUCUUACGACGAUUCGGUGUGUACGGAUUCGCGGAAGAUUCGUGUGCUAAACUGUAAGGUGUACGCAAUAGCAAAAGGGUUCGGAAUCUCUGAGAAGCUACGAUUCUUGAUUAUCGGUUGCCGGUGCUGUGAACAACUUUCGAGGUCACGUGGCCGUGGAAAUGCGCGCGUCGUUGCACGAUGUUGGCUGGUCGGAAAAAAUCGCGCGUUUGCCUGUCGCUACAGCAGCGGCUUGACAUUCUGCGACAAUUGAACGAUGGCGUUUCGAUGACUCAGUUGGCCACAGAGUACAAGAUCAGCGAUUCGACCAUACGGCGCAUCAAGAAACAGGAACUCCAGAUACACAGUCGGUUGCAGACCCCGAGGGACAAAGAUAAGAAGAGGUUUCGUAAACCGCCGUUGAAAGAGUUGGAAGAUCGGUUGUUCGAGUGGUACCAAGAGCAGAAAGCGAUCGACGAUGGUGUCACGAACAUUAUGCUUCAGGAGAAGGCGGUGGAACUGAACAAGGAGUUUGGCGGUCCACCGACGUUCCAUGCCUCGCAAGGCUGGGUAUGGCGGUUCAAACAACGUCGAAGCAUCAGCUUCCGCGAUUACAGCACCGAGAACGCAAACGUUGACUCGAGGAUCGCGCAGAAUAUAACCCACUGCUUUCUGCAGCGUCUGAAGGAGGAAGGCAUAGAGCUGCAGAACGUCUACAGCAUGGACGAAACGGGCCUGGCGUGGAAAGCUCUUCCUCGAAAGACACUGAUGCAUCCUCUGGCGAGGAGAGUCUACGGGAAAAGAAUUAAAAAGAAUCUAGUCACCGUGGGGCUGUGCGCAAAUGCGAUUGGAACCCACAAGCUACCACCGCUCUUCAUCCACAGGUGCGAGACACCGAAACCCCUUAGGCAUUGUAGGGAUCGUUUGCCUGUAAUUUUCAAGGCACAGAAAAAUGCUAGGGUGGACCGGAACCUGUUCGUCGAUUGGCUGGAGAAGCACUUCAAACCAGCAGUCAGAAAACACCAACUGGAAACUGAUACUCGUGGAAAGGUGUUGCUGCUGAUAGACCAAUGUAGAGCCCACACGUUGCCACCGCAAACGCAAUUGGACGACGAUAACGUCAGCGUUGAGUAUCUCCCGACAGACACGUCGUCGAAUCUGCAUCCAAUGAGACAGGGAAUAAUAAAAAGCAUGAAGUUGUCCUUUCGUCGUCGCAUACUGAGUCGGAUCUUGGACUUUCCAGGCGGAGUGGCGGAAUUCUACGCGGAUUACGACGUGAAGGACUGCAUAGACCUGGUCGGCGAAGCCUGGAGAGACGUGACGCAGAUCGACAUCUACAAUUCGUGGAAAAAAUUAGCGGGAUUUACUGCGAUUAUAGGAGAGGAACCGGUGGAAGUGCAGGACAGCGAACAGCCCUCCGACGAUUCGGAUAUUAUCGUGAUGAAGAAUAUAAUAAAAACGAUCGUGAACGAGGCGGUUUCCGACAAGGAAGUCGAGAAAUGGCUGUCGAUCUGCGAGAAAGCCGAACGCGAUCCGGACGACUCCGAACUCGAGGAAGAAGACUGCCCCGAUAAAAAAACGAUCCUCCAUAGAGACGAGGACGAAAUCGAUCGAACGAUUUCGAAACUGAUCCUGUGGUCUGAAAGGCAAUCCGAGUUCGUUAAGUUGCACGCGCGUCUGGUGAAAGACUAUUACGAUCUGGUGCAACGAUAAAAUUAUCGCGAUGCAUUAGAACGAACACACUUUAUCAAUAGAAACUAUGAGAGAACGAGAGCAAACGAAAUACAUUUGCACAAUCGUGUCGUGGGCGUGAAUUUUGUAAUUAAAACUUUUAGUGUUAAAUUUGAACAAUCAGUACCUAAUCUAUUAAGUACCAAUGUCGUCGUUCAAAGAAAUAUUUGUUUACUGUUGUUAAAAUUUACUUGACUAUCGUGAGAUUUUUAAGAGAUCCGAGAUAAUAAGUACCUGGCAUAUUUGUUAUGCGGAUGAACUCUUUGACACAACAUCCGCAGAUUUGUAUUUGGCCGAAAAAUUUCGAGUAUUUCCUGUAAAAGUGAACAACUGUAUAUUAUUAAUGAGUAUAACUCGAAAAUGAGAUCAAAUAUGUUUACAUAAACUUUAUGUAUGAUUUUACAUUAUUUGAUCGCUAAAAUAGGUCCAACGUGCGACGUUAAACCCCUGUAUAUACGCAGUAAAGAAUUCUUCGA